UUAAAAUCGGAGAUGAAGCGCAACUCACUGUUUUAAAAUUAAGUAGGUGUAAAGCCAAUAAUAAAAAAUCAUAGUUACAAAUUAUUUCGUUUAGUAUCAUCGAAGAUGAAAUUACCGCACGUUUUUAUCGUUAUUCAAGUACCAUAUUUUAUAGUAACAACAGUAAACUCACAUCUAAUAUUACAAGAUCACAAGUUAGUAAAAAAUGAGUUCAAUUGGACAAAUAAUUUUGAACCAGUACGAAGGAUUCAUAGAACCCGAAGGUCAUUGGCUGUUGGGGAAAAACAAUUUCUAUGGGAUGACGGUAUUAUUCCGUAUAAAAUCGAAGAUAGAUUUAGUGGAGACCAACGCAGAUUAUUUAAACAAGCAAUGAGACACUGGGAACAAUCGACUUGUAUUCAUUUUGUUAAAAGAAUUAGAGGAAUUCAUAAAAAUUAUAUAGUUUUCACUAAAUUAACAUGCGGAUGCUGUUCUCCUGUUGGUAAGAGCGGGUAUGGACCCCAACCAAUAAGCAUAAUCAACCAAUGCAGCAAUUUCGGUAUUAUUUUACAUGAAUUAGGACACGCUAUCGGGUUUCACCACGAGCAUACACGUCACGAUCGCGAUCAGUAUAUUGAGGUUUUCCUAGAUAAUAUUCAAGAAGGUAGUGAACAUAAAUUUGAUAAAUUGCCACUAGAAUCUACAAAUACGUUGGGUCUACCUUAUGAUUAUAAUUCUAUAAUGCAUUACCCGAGAUUUGGUUUUGCGAAGAGUGACUUUCGUAGUACGAUUGAACCAAAACGUCAAAUAAAUGGGAGGACACCGGAUAUUGGUCAGAUGAAUGCCCUGAGUACCGGUGACAUUACUGCUGCAAAGUUGCUGUAUAAUUGUUCUGCACAUGGUGGGUCAUUUUUUGAGCCUCACUAUAUGAUUAUCCCGCCAAUACAUCCAGAUGAUUCACCAAAAGUUUCCGAUAAAUGCAAAUGGACAAUCAGAGCUGCGGAAGGUGAACGAAUAAAGGUCACACUAACAUCAUGGGAUAUUCAAGAGACUCCCAACUGUACAGUGGAGUAUGUGGAAAUAAAAAAUGGCUACCAGGCAAAUAAUCCUGUUUUAGCUCGCAUAUGUGGUGAAGACAAAACAGUUAUUGUAACGGCUAGUAAUUUUGUAUCGGUAACAUAUGCCAGGACUCGUUAUGAAAAUUAUCACCUGGGAUUUAUAUUGAAAUACGAGGCUAUUUGCGGCGGAGAUAUUAAUUUAAAAAGUAAUGAUACUUAUUACUUAGAAUCACCAAAUUAUCCAGAGUCAUACGAACCGAAUAAAAAUUGUCAUUGGACUAUAGAGGCAUCCUACAAGCAUUUUAUAGUAAUCAAAUUUGAUUACUUUGAACUUGAAGAAAGUUCUGGUUGUAACAAUGAUUUUUUUGAAGUACGAGAGGGUAGACAUGAGAAUGUGUCAGUUGGUAGAAGUUACUGUGGUAAGAAAGACCGUUUAGAAAUAGCUGCUUCGGGGAGAAGAAUUGAUCUAACGUUUAUUUCCAAUGAAUCGCAAGAAGCGGGAGGUUUUUCUGCCGCUAUUUCUGCAAUAUCUACACUGUAAAAAAAGAUUCCUGACGUCAAACCAGAUUCGUUUGGCUCAAGUACUCCGUGCGUUUGGAUACAGCCAAGCGCGUCAAGCGAUUGAGUCUACCGCCCUCUACGUUUGACAGUAUAUUUUGCUCCAACUGAGAGUUUCUUGAGGCAAGGUCCCGAUUCGUUUGAACUAACUCUAUAGUAUUCGAUAUAACUCAAUAGCUUUUUUCAUUUAAAGAAAAAUAGGAAUUAGUUUAAGUCAUGAAUGCUGUUGAUACAAUAAUGAUUUUCGUUUUACAUCAAAUAAUCAAAAAUUUCACUCAAAGUAAUUUGUUAGGUCAUUGAAGGUAUGAAGAAUUUUCAGUUAAGUCAUAAUUUUAUUAAAGCAAAUGAAUUUUAGUGUUAAAGGUAAUAUUUUUUUAGGUCCGUAGAAACUCUCCUUGCAAUUGAUUCAAUAAAAAAUCGAAUUAUUUCAAAUUGCUGUAUUGCAUUGAUCCAAAAAAAAAAGUAAUCUGAACCAAGUGAAUAUUGCCUUUAAUUAUUUCAUCAAUAAUUAAUUUAAAAAAAAUUUUUUUUUUUGCAUUUUUUUUAUUUUUGAUUUUACUUUUAUUGUUAUUAUGAUUUAUUUAUUUAUUUAUUUUUUUUUUUAUCAAGUAUUGGGACAAUUACAUUAUAUAAUUAUUAUUAUUAUUAUUACAUUAUUUAUAUUAACACUUUACAAAUAAUUCUGACAUUCUCAGUUUUUAGUGAAAAAUUAAAUAAUCGUAGAAUUGGUAUCCGGAGGAUUCGAAUCCAGUACCCUACGCAUGAGAGUCAGACGCUUUACCGCUACGCUACGGAACCUGUAGGAAAUUUUUAGUUUAGUUGUGCUUCUAGUACUUUGUUUUCAUAUUGAAUGGAUAUAUACAGUCAAUUGCUUAUACAUUGAUCUAAACGAGAUAAAUAUGUGACUCUUUUUAUAAAUAAAGUUUUCUAUUUAAUCGAUAAUAUAAAGACUUUCAGUCAAAUAUAAUUCAAUAUUUUGUAACGAAUACAUUUAUAUUCUUGUCGAAUAUUUUUCAGUUUUCAUGUGAGUGCGUCAAAUUACUCCAACAACCUCGUCGGAUUCUCUCCCCAAGAAACUUGUCGGUUGACACGACACGUUCGGUAUUAUAGGAAACUACUUUUGUUUCAUUGAAACAAGUGAAGUUGUCAAAUUAAACGUUUCAAGAGUUUCAGUUAAAUUUCUAAAAAUUGAAGAGUUUGCGUUAACAAGUUUUUAUUUUUAAAUCAAGUACAUCCAAAAUUUAAUUAAAAUAUAUUUUACUAUUCAAUCAAAUUUUACUUUAAUUACGGUCAAACUUAAAAACUUUUAACAUAAACGCUUAAGCAAUUUCUCAUAAUCGAGUAGAGAUUUUCAUUCAAUAAAAAUGAUUUUCUUGAGACAACCUAGUUUUCGUUGGUUCAAACGAAUUUGGUUUCACUGAAGAUGAAAUUUGUCAAACUCUUAGGGAGUUUGAUGUCAGUACCUUAUUUUUUACAGUGUAUCAAUAACAAUUAAUCCACUUGAGUUCUUUUGAAUCUUUAAAGCCAAUCAACUGUAUUGUAACAUUGAAGAGAAAUAAAUAUUUUAAUCUUUA